AUGGCCGCAGAUCUGCGCCUUGCCCCUCUGUUAUCCUCAUUAUUACGAUAUGCGCUGAGAUUGUUGAGGAAAUGUGCUAUCUCGCAGGUGUUUCGUCAGCUCCUGCAACGGGUGCAAUUCUACUGGUCGAUUAUAACUUUGAGAAGGAGAAGAGGAGGAAAAGGUGCAGAUGGUGGUGGCCACGAACCCCCAACAAAUCUUCGGGAUCGAGAUGCGGAAUCAAACGAUGACCAAGGAAGAACUCUGGUCGACCGAGAAGACCAAAUCGUUCUGGUGGCCAACGGUGAGGUUGUACAUCUCGACCAAAAUGUUUCAUUUUCUCUAUUUCCCUACGGCCCUGGAGGGAUACGCAAUGCAUCCAGAUCCUCUCAAAACCUGGCUGCUUCCCGGGAGGCGCAUUCACGAGCCAUAUCCUUACGCAGUGCAUCUCGAUCUAACCUUGGAGACUCUGUACGCACUCCUUCACCUGCCAUAUCACAGAUUGGAACAGAGGAUGAAAGAUACACCUUCGUUGUACAACCAGGCUCACCCACAUCGCCAACACCGACUCGAAGAUUCUCUCAUUCCUUGCCCGACCUGUCCAAUCCACCUCCUUUCUCCAUGCCACCGUUAGAACCACCAAGUCGUUAUCGUCCACGGAUAGACACUACUCCACCUCGACAGCCUUCGCGGAUAAUCGAACACUCGGAAGUAAUGUCUCCUCAAGAGAUGGAGGGAACAAGUAUCAGUGUUCCUUCAAUGGAAUCCUUGUCCAUGUAUGUUUGCUUGGAUAAUAAUCGGAUAGUACCUACGAUGCCAGAAGCGAAUCUGCGUUACGAAAAACGACCUCGAAUACAUCGCCGUGACUAUAAUAUGAUUGUCCAACCUAUCACAACAGUGUUCGAGAAGCCUACAUCUCCUCUAGGGUGGUUAAAGUACGUCCAUCCUGAAGGGCUCCGGUAUUUUUAUCACGAACAAAAGAGAGUUUUCACAGAUGCCGACCUUUUCGAUUCUAAAAUUCUGGCCCAGAUUAUGGAAGAUAUCGAGCUCUGCGAAAACUUCAUAACUGAAAACGCCAUACGUAUGCCUGCGAAUAUACAUUUGGCCAUGCAUCUGUAUUACAAGGAAGACGAUCCGUCAAUCAUUGAGAAUAACUACUAUUAUGUUGACCACGAUACUCGGACGGUAUUUUUCUUGGAUACCUAUGACCCCAGUAACCUAUUCUCUUGGUAUGAGAUAUCAGGAUGCAGGACCGAUUCUCACCUUCGGCAUGAAAUUGAGGCUCAAUAUUGGUACCAAAUUCUGUUUUUUCUUUUACUUUAUCCUCAUGCCACCAAACUUUCCAAGGCAAUGGUUUCAGAACUCAGAGACACAGUUCACCACUUUAUUGGAGAUGCCAUGACAUCACCUACAUCAACUGCUCCGUAUACACUAAACGAACUCAACAAGGUACUCAAGCUUACUGCCACACUGGAACGUAAGCGUUUAGGCACUGGCCCUUCUUAUAUUACAGUGCAAGGCGCCUUAUACGUGCUCAAAGCUCGCUCGAGAUUUCUCAACUUCUACGGAGAAGGCCAUGCACGUAUAGAGCGUAACUUCUCUGUGCACGGAGACCCUAUACAUUCGCGAACCUGGCUCGUGAAAUCCCUCUCUAUCAUUCUCUUUUCUUCUCCAGACUUUCAUCUUCGCACCCUCCAAAACAUGUGGGUAGAUGGUAUAAUGCAUCACAACGUCUGGCAAGAAUGCAUGAAGAAGAUGAACGAAGAGUGGCAGGAGUUCGUCCUGUUUGCCACUGUCAUGCUCAAUGCCAAUGUCGCUUUCUUAGCGAUUCAAAGUGUGGAUAUAAACGACGACCCGCAUAGAUCUGCUGCGCAGAUUGCUAGCUAUCUAUCUGUAGUCGCUAGUAUUGGGAGCAUUGUACUCGGUUUAUUGUUGACUAGGCAAAACAGAACCAAAACCCGUGAAACAGUUCAUGAAGUUCAAGCGUAUUUACAAGCACGGAGGCAUCCAAGAUUAGGUCUAGAAACGCUAGCAAUUCUGUACAGCCUACCAUAUGCGCUUCUCAUGUGGGGGAUGGUGUCAUUCUUGGCAGCGUUCUCGUUUGUGUUUUUCGCUGACUCUAGUGUGCCUACGCGCUCACUUGUUGGCUCGUUGUGUUUUGCCGUCGCCAUCCUGAUUAUUUGGUGUGUAUACACUUCUUGGGAAAAGCACGCCGACGACAAGCCGGUUGAGCCCUCGGAACCCAAGCCUGAGUCAACAAACUCGCAGCGGUCAAUCCAUUCUCAGCAUCCAUUCAAAUCCUGGCGAGAAUACGCCCUCUCAAAAUUCUUAAGUCUUCCGGCGGUGCAGGUUUUCCGACGUAAAUCGUACGACUCGGAGCACACAGCCGUCAACGAGCGUGUAUAA